AAACAUUACUUUUGAGAGGUGGAGACGCGGCACUGCCUCUUUUCCCCAUCAACAGCUGCAGAGGCGAAAAGGACACGAACCGAGGGUCCAAUGGAGAAAUCCAAAAACUUUCGCAUUGACGCGCUUUUAGCAGUCGAUACGCCCAAGGUGCAGACGUCUCCGCUUGCGCUUGUGACUUCGCUGUCCUCCUCCUCCUCCAUCCCGUCCUCUGGAAAUGUAGGCGCCCCGGACUUGAACGCCGGCGCCGAGUCUUUACGCACCGAGACGCCGUCUCCGCCGAGAAUUUCCACCUGCGGCUUGAUUCCGAAACCGGGCUUCCUCAACAGCCCCCACAGCAUGGUUGGAUUACACCCGCAGAGCACCGCAGGGAUCCCCGCACAGGCUCUUUACGGCCAUCCCAUGUACACCUACUCCGCCGCUGCACUCACGGGCCAACUCCCUGCUCUGUCCUACUCUUAUCCCCACGGCUCCCAUCACCAGCACACCAGUGAUCCCAUCAAACUGACAGCCAGCACAUUCCAGUUGGACCACUGGCUCCGGGUCUCCACCGCUGGAAUGAUGCUGCCCAAAAUGUCUGACUUUAACUCUCAGGCUCAGUCCAACCUACUUGGCAAGUGCAGAAGACCAAGGACCGCAUUCACGAGUCAGCAGCUGCUGGAGCUGGAGCACCAGUUCAAGCUGAACAAGUACUUGUCCCGACCAAAGCGCUUUGAAGUGGCCACGUCCCUCAUGCUCACAGAAACUCAGGUCAAAAUCUGGUUCCAAAACAGACGCAUGAAGUGGAAGAGAAGCAAAAAGGCCAAAGAGCAGGCCGCGCAGGAGGCCGAGAAGCAGAAAGGCACCAAGAGCGGCCAGGAGAAAUCUGACGGACUCGAGCAGUCGGACUAUCACGGCAAGACAGGCUCAAAAAACGGCAGAAUACGAGACUUCAGGGACAGUGACGACGAAGACGGCGACAAUUUCCUGUACAACUCGUCAGACUGCUCCUCAGACGACGAGAGGAAUCACACUAGUGACAUAAGCCCGCAGCCUUAAAGCUGGCGAUCUCCAUUUAUACAGACUAUGGGGGAUUUGCGAUAGAAAAUGCAGUUGCAUGUAAUUCCACCUCUAAUCACGUCCAUGGAAUAUUGGCAUUUGUUUUAUUUCUUCAGAAAGAUAAAAUAAGAUUGAACUGGGGUCAAGAAUAAACGAGCCUCAUCUCUCACAAACAAGCAGUAAAACGGGAGAAUCACUCACACGGCUAUAGGUAAACUGACAUGUUGCAUGGUUUAUAUGCAAAACGCUUCAAACUGUCUCAGGACUCCGCAAUCUCUCUCUGCUGUGAUAAUUAAUUCAUCGGCAACACAUCCAAUAAUAACCCAAAGCCCGCACAGUCAAUAGUCUGCUGUCAGUUGUCGUUCUGUUCUUAGUGCUGUUAAACUUCCGUAAUGUGUAAUAUCAUGUUGAAGAAAACCUUAUGUUUAUUUUUCUAUAGUGUAUUUAUAAGAAUGGUCAUACCGGUGCAUGCUAAAUUAUUGUUUAGCGUCUCUCUUGGUGCAAAAAAAUGUGAAAUAAAAUGUUUUUGUAUAAAUCUCGGUUGAUAUUUUGACGC